AUGAAGGAUUUCAUUGGAGAUAGAGCAUAUGCAGAGAUUCGUGACAAUAGUCAAUUAGGUGUGUUACUGAAGUUGGCUGAUAAAGGAUAUCCUCUCAGGUUUUCACUCCAUGAAUUCUCUGAUAUUACCGGCCUAAACUGUGAUGCAAUAGAUGAAAAAGAUAAAGUGGAUGUUGAUCACAGCGAAUUUUGGGCAGAGUUAGAAGUAGAUGCAAGUAAGGGACCAAACUGGAAAGAGCUGAAUGCGGCGCUAAAAAAAUGUAGGGGUUGGAGCUAUGAGAAACGAAAAAUGCUUGGGAUGUUGUUUGUGUUGAAUGUUGGUAUAUUGGGGAAAUCAAGGUCUAGUAGGAUUCCAUUGGGGUAUGCUAAAAGGGUAUUUGAUUCAGAGGCUUUUGAGAGGUAUCCAUGGGGACGAGUUGGUUUUAAGAGCUUAAUAGAGUCAAUCAAGGUGGUUUCUUAUGAGAAUGGAUCCUAUGUAGUGCAUGGUUGUGUUCAUGCUUUGUUGAUUUGGGCAUUUGAAAGUGUAUCUGCUUUGGGGCAGAAGUAUGGUAAUCCAAUUGAGGGAGAUAAUGUGCCUCUUCUAAGCUGGAAAGGGGGUCGUCCAAGAUGUUGUAUUGGUGACUUCUUAGCGAGGGAAAAGAAGUUACAUAAGAAGUUGGAUGUGCAACAUAUGGUUGUGCAAUCUGAGGAGGACCUUUAUCCAAAUUGGCCUGACGAGAAAGCUGUCUACGGUGAAGGGGAAGGUGCUUGGGAAUUGUUGGAUAACUUGAUGCAUGAUAUCAUGUUAGGACGUGUAGAUGGAAAGUUUUGGGAAGAGGUUCCUAGGAAGAAAAAAGGAAAGAGGAAAGCGGUAGUUGAGGAGACGCAAGAUGACUUUGUUGACCCACCGCCAAAGAAGCAGAAGCAACAAAGUGAAAAGAGAUCAAAAGGAGGUGAUUCAGUAUCUGGUGGAGGGUCAGUUGGUGAAGUUUUGAAUAUGAUGACUGCAUUGGUUGGUAAAAUGGAUACAAUGCAGUCCAAAAUCGAUGGUAGAUUUGAUGGUCUUACAGAGACAGUGGGAGGGAUAGAGAAAAAGGUUAUAGAUCUUGAGAAGGAAGUUCAGAUGCUGAAGACAAGCCGUAAUGAGAAAAAAGGUGAUGAAGAAGGUUCAGUGAACAAGUCAUGGUCUGUACAGAUGAAGGAAACAUCUCAAGAAGGGUUUCCAAUUUCUUGCGUCGUACGGAAACCAAGCCAUGUUUCUAAGGCUAAAGCAGGAUUUAAUACAAGCCUUAGACGAGAGGAUCUUUUUCAGUCAAAGUAUGUUAACGCUAGUGUUAAGGAGCCGUUUUCUGCUGCGGCUACAAACUCUAAAUCUGGUUUGCAGAAAUCCGUGACACCGAAAUCAAUUGGGCCUCACAGCUCUGUCAAGAAGAAAGGCAUAAAAACAGAACCUAUUGACCCUCUUGACUCCGUCAGUCCUGUCUGUAAGACCAAGACUACUCCUGGGGUGGAUAUGGCAGAACUGUCUGAAGGUUCUGAUUCAAGUGAGAAUAAACGGAACAAGGCUUUAAAUGGAGCACUCGAUGACUUGCUUCGACUAUGUAAGAAAGACGACUUUGUAUCCCGGGUUCCUAGGCAGAAAAACCUUGCUUCAACACAAGUUCACCCAUUCAUCGGAAGUUCAUUGGUUAAGCGUAUACUGCGGGGUAAGACGCUGUCCCCUACAGUUUACGAUCCGUUUGAAAAGGCGACACAAUUGUCGGUGGAUAUGCUAGUUGCCUUCAUUCGACAUGAUCUGGAUAACCCAUUAGAGACAAGCAACGGUGCAGCUAACUUCUAUUUGAGGAUAAUGACACCUAAAGAGGAAUGGCCUGUAGGAGAUGAGUGCUACGGAUGGCUGAAAGAUGCGCAUUUAUGCCCUGCAAUGCAAUUGCUCCGGAAGCGGUCUAUGCAACCAGUUACUCCGUUCAUCACUGAUAGGCUUGCCUUCUUAGAUUCAUGGUUUGUCAAUCAAUGGGCUCAUGAUUACAAGAAGUGGGAUAGUGAUAAGAAGUGGUUUUUUCCGGAAGAGUAUUUCAAGGUCUAUUCUGGCCUAUCUCCCUCAUUUGGAAUUACUAACAAAAAAUGGGUAGAAGAUGUAGAUUUUGUGUACUUAGCUCAUAACAUCAACAACAACCACUGGAUUGCUCUUGAAGUGGACUUACAAAGGCGCCGGAUAAAAGCAUAUGACAGCAUCUUGAAUGCUUACACCGACGAAGAAGUGUAUGAGUCAUGUAAGCCAUACACACACACGAAUGAUUCCUGCUUUGUUGCAGACUAUGGCUCCACCAGGGGAAAUCGCACAACUUGUAUUGCUUUGGGAGAAUGUUGUGAGACGGUUGUGAAGAAGGUCUCAACGAUCCUGAGUUCCCGCAGUUACAAUUAUCAGCCAAUAGUGGCUAUGAUGCGAUUCUGGCGGGUUCAGGCGUUUGAAGGUAAAAAUGUCGUCAUGAGCGUUGAUGAUUGUGCUAGGGUUUACAUCAACCCGAGAUUUGAAGACUUUGACUUGGAAGGAUACAUUCGAAGCUUCGCAGACCCGGAAUCUGAUGCUGUUUACAUGGAGGAGGUUGCGUCUAACUAA